CCGGCAAUGGCGUCUUCCCGCGCGGCCGUCGUCCUCCUCGUCACCGCCGCCUCUCUCGCCGUCGCUCUCUCCCAUGGGGAUGAGGCGGGGCCCAAAUACGGGUACGUGACGGGGAGCAGCAACGGGCCGGAGAACUGGGGGAAGCUGAGCCCGGAGUACAAGCUGUGCGGCGAGGGGAAGAAGCAGUCCCCCAUCGACAUCGUCACCAAGCAGGCCGUCUCCAGCCCCAACCUCGACUCCCUCACCCGCACCUACAGCGCCAUCAACGCCACGUUCGUCAACAACGGCCACGACAUCUUGAUGGAGUUCGAGGGCAAGGUUGGGACGAUCACAGUGAACGGCAAGGUCUACAGCUUCGUGAAGCUGCACUGGCACAUGCCCUCCGAGCACACCAUCAACGGCCAGAGGUUCCCGUUGGAGCUGCACUUGGUUCACAAGAGCGACAAUGGCGAUCUCGCCGUCAUUGGGAUCCUCUACCAGUACGGCGCCCCUGAUUCUUUCUACUACCAGCUGAAGAACAAGCUGACGGAGAUGAGCAAGGACAAGUGCAACUUCGCGGAGGAGGACUCGCACGUCGCGGCGGGGCUGGUGCACAUGCGGUCGCUGCAGAAGCGGACGGGCAGCUACUUCCGGUACACGGGGUCCCUGACCACGCCGCCGUGCACGGAGAACGUGGCCUGGAACAUCCUCGGCAAGGUGCGGCAGAUCAGCAAGGAGCAGGUGGACCUCCUCACGUCGCUGCUGGCGGCCGGCAAGGACGCCGGCCGGGCCAGGCCCACGCAGCCGCUCAACGGCAGGACCGUCCAGUUCUACAACCCGCCCAACAGCACCAUCUCCUUCGAGAUGUAA